AUGCAGUACUUUGGCCAGACGCCGCCUCAAGUCUUUUUGUCGCCGCACCCGACGCGCGACGUUGCCUGCCAAACUGCGAUAUCGCCGUCCGCAGUGGCGCUCACGCGCGUGAUGGCGCCGUCGCCCAUUGCGUGGGUACUCGACGCUUCAGGUCGUGUAGUCUCGGACGACGGGGCUGUGUCGCAGCGCCUCGGUGAUACGGAUGUUCUCGUCAUGUCCAGUCAUCUUCCGCUACCGUGUGCACCGACGUACGUGUUGGACGUGGGUCCAGCCCACUGCCCAGGCCGCUACUUCGUGCUCCUUGACAUCACACGUGGCCUCGCCGUUUACGGCGUUGACGUCGACGCGGGAUGCGUCGUCGUGGCUCCAUCAAACACCGCCUUCCUUCGCACUGGCCAGCCCAUGGCGUGCGCCGCCAUGUCCAGCGGCGCUUGCAUCUGGGUGUGGACGAAAUCCGUGCUCCUGGAGCUGCUUUUUCCUACGGUCAACGUUACGCCGCCGGAAGCGCCAACAUCCUCGACGACAAAGUGGUCUGCGCUCUGGUCGUCUCUCUGGACACCCGACACGCAACUACCACCCCGCGUGCCUCCCGUCGUAAGCCCGUAUCGCACGCUGGGCAUCGGUGACGUUGUUGGGACCAGCGCGGCUGUCAAUUUGGACGUCGACUUGGCCGUUGUGACCACGGCCUCAAGUCUCGUGCAACUCUUCGCGCUCCAUGCGACCAAGUGGCUGCGAAGCAUCGACGUAGCCGCCAACGUCGGGCGAGCAUUGCAUUUGACAUGUUCGUCGAUCCUUGCGCCCGAGUCGCACAUCGUGCUAGUGUCCGAGACGCCGGAAGGCCUUGACGUGAUUGCUGUCGACGUCAACGGCGUGCUCCUGAGUGUAUUCUCGCUACCAUCGGCAACGGUCCGUUUCGCGCAAGCCGUGCACGUCCCCCGCGAGCAUACGCGUCCGCCGCUUGUGCUGCUUUGCACCGAGUCGCAGCUCUAUUUGUACUCGAUUUUCGAUUCUUGCGCUGUGCUUGCGCAUCAGCGAAGCCGCCACGUCAUCCAGCGCGUCUUUGUCGAGGAAGACACUAUCGUGCUUGGCUUCGACUCUGGCGACGUCGACCUCCUCAGUCUCCUGGGCCUCCUGGCCCAAGCAACCACGCACAGCGAAUAAGCAACGCCAUAACUAUCGAAAGUUUCCU